AUGUGCCUCAUGCUGCACUCUAAACUUUCCCUUGUCUUUCAGCUCUCCAAAUUGAUUGCAAGGAGCAACAUUACAGUGAAAAAGCUAUGUGAGUUGCAGAUCUCAGAAAAGUGUUGUGUGGUGGGAACACUCUUCAAGUGCAUGCAGCUUCAGCCUUCCAUCUUACGGGAAAUCAGUGAAGAGCACAACCUGCCUCCCCAUCCUCCCCGCCUCAAAUACAUUCACGAGUCAGAUGAACUGAUCCUGGAGGAUGAGCUGCAGAGGAUCAAACUUGAGGGAGAGAUACCGAUUGACAAGCUGGUGACAGGGACCAUCCUUGCCGUCUAUGGUACAGAGAAGGACGAUGGCAGAUUCCUUGUGGAAGAUCACUGCUUUGCAGAUAUGCCAACCCAGCUGCCUAUGAUGGGGCCCAGCACAGACAAAUUUGUCUUGCUGGUGUCAGGCCUGGGCCUUGGUGGCAAGAGUGGAGACAGUCUCCUGGGCAUGCAGCUUCUGGUGGACAUGGUGACAGGACAGCUGGGCGCAGAGGGGGAGCAAUCCAGCGCGGCCCUAAUUUCUCGAGUCAUACUGGCAGGCAACUUGCUUAGCCAGAAUACCCAGAGCAGAGACAGCAUGAACAAGGCAAAAUACCUCACCAAGAAGACUCAAGCAGCCAGUGUGGAAGCUGUAAAAAUGCUGGAUGAAAUUCUGCUGCAGCUCUGUAUGUCCAUCCCUAUCGAUGUGAUGCCAGGUGAGUUUGAUCCAACCAACUACACGUUGCCUCAGCAGCCCCUGCAUCGCUGCAUGUUUCCUCUCUCAAAUGCAUACACCACCCUGCAGCUAGUCACCAACCCAUACCAGGCAAACAUUGAUGGAGUCAGGUUUCUGGGAACUUCAGGCCAAAACGUAAGUGAUAUUUUCAAGUACAGCAGCAUGUCUGAUUAUCUGGAAAUUCUGGAAUGGACCUUAAGGAUUGGGCAUCUCAGCCCCACAGCUCCAGACACUCUGGGCUGUUAUCCAUUUUACAAGACAGACCCUUUCAUCUUCAGUGACUGCCCUCAUAUCUAUUUCUGCGGCAAUGCACCCUCCUUCAAAUCCAAGGAAGUCAAAGGAGAAGAUGGACAGAAAGUCUUGCUGGUGACACUUCCUGAUUUCAGCUCAACACAGACAGCUUGCUUGAUCAAUUUGUGCGAUCUCACUUGUCAGCCGGUUACUUUCUCGGCCUUUGGUGAUGACGAAGAAGAAGAAGAAGAAGAAGAAGAGACAGUGAUGGAGACUGGUGACUGAGAGACAUGGACUUAGGUCUCCUUCUUUCUGGAACUUGGUAGUCAUCCCUGUUCCUGCUUUUUACUGUAAAGUUUGACCUUUGGUUCAGAUAGAUAGGAAUAGAAUAAAAUAUUCUGGUUUGUUCGUAUAUGUUUGAUCUUCAUGACCAAAAACAAGGGAAUUUCUUGUAUAAUUCAUUUUAUUCAAUGAAUACAACUGUUGGAAAAACAAAAAGGCUCAAGGUGACCCUGGACUGCCUCCUGGGCAGCAGCUGCUUCAAACUUAGCAAAUCACAAUCUUCCUUCUUGACUGUUGCAAUCAAGGCAGCAGCUUUCCUUGAUGUUAGGAGGACCACAACGAAGUGAUACUGACUUUGUAACUGGGAAACAAUUAGGUUGUAUCAACUCCUCACUUUGGAAAAUACCCAGAAUGCUGGGUAUAUGGGAA